GGGCUUACCGUGACAAAUGUAGGCCUCACUCACUCCACACAUUUAGUUAUUUGCUCCUCUGUUACUCGUAUUUUAGUCUGGRUUUGAGAAAAUGCAUAGCUUUUCUCUUCAAUGCGAAAUACAACGCUGACAAACGAGUUUUAUUUUCAGACUGAAGUUUUGCGCWCUUUCUAACAGCAGGUGGCGCGCUUUAGCUUCACGCUACAGUGCAAUUAAUUAAGCCUAAAAUAAUUGUCUAUUACCAAAAUGUUUUUUUUUUCUUUUGGAGACGAAACCGGGCAUUUAUUUGACUUGUACUGGAUUAAAAAACUUGUGGUUCGGAUUCAUGGUUUAAACGCGACUACAUGAGGCGUUUCGGGGACCGUGAAUUGACUCAGCGCCUUCAAACUGCUGCUCGCCACAUCAGUCCGGAGGAGAAGCGCASAGGCACGGCAGCAGCUCCGACAUGGCUAAAGAAGGAGCAGAUAUGACAGAGGAAACCGAGUACAUGAUAGACAGAAACCUGGUGAAGGAAACCGCAAGCGCGGAAUCACCCGCUGGGAACGCCAAAGAAAUGCGAGCGGUGAUGUUGACGGGAUUUGGAGGUCUGAACAAACUCCGGGUAACCAAGAAGGCAAUGCCCGAGCCUCAGGACGGUGAAGUCAAGAUCCGCGUCAAAACAUGUGGCUUGAAUUUCCUGGAUUUGAUGGUACGUCAGGGGAACAUUGACAAUCCUCCAAAACCCCCCAUUGUUCCAGGAUUUGAGUGCUGUGGAAUCGUGGAGUCAGUGGGUGAAAACACAGAGGGAUUUGAGAUAGGUGACAGAGUUAUGGCGUUUGUGAAUUACAGCGCCUGGGCGGAGGUGGUUUGCGCACCUGUGGAUUUUGUCUACAAGAUGCCAGAUGAAAUGACUUUUGCAGAGGCAGCAGCGUUCUCCCUGAACUUCGUGGCCGCGUACAUGAUGCUGUUUGAGGUUGCCAAUCUGCGAGAGGGAAUGUCGGUGCUGGUCCAUUCGGCAGGAGGUGGUGUUGGACAAGCCGUGGCUCAGCUGUGCUCCACUGUACCUAACGUAAUCGUGUUUGGGAUCGCCUCGUCUUUCAAACACGCCGCCAUCAAAGACUCUGUGACUCACUUCUUCGACAGGAACGCAGAUUACAUACAGGAUGUUAAAAAGAUUUCUCCCGAUGGAGUCGACGUCGUGCUGGACUGCCUGUGUGGAGAGAACACAGGGAAAGGCCUGAGUCUGCUGAAGCCACUAGGAACCUAUAUUCUCUAUGGCGCGUCAAACAUGGUCACUGGGGAAACAAAGAGUUUCUUCAGCUUUGCAAAAUCUUGGUGGCAGGUGGAAAAGGUGAAUCCUAUUAAACUGUAUGAGGAGAACAAGGUCAUAGCAGGAUUCUCGCUCCUCAACCUCCUCUUCAAACAAGGGAGAUGCAGUCUCGUGAAGGCAGUGAUGGACAAACUCUUGUGUCUUUAUGGACAGAAGAAAAUCAAGCCUGUAGUGGACUCCCUGUGGGCACUGGAGGAGGUUAAAGAGGCCAUGCAGAGAAUUCAUGACAGAGGCAACAUAGGAAAACUCAUUCUGGAUGUUGAAAAAUCUCCAACUCCUCUGAUGGCCAACGACAGCACAGAGACCAGCGAAGCAGGAGAGGAAGAAGAGGAGCCGGAGGGAGACAAUGACAGCAAGGAGCGAAUGCCCUUCAUCCACUAGAGCCGACAAAACCCCAAAAGAAUUCACAGAGAGACUGGAGAGUUUACAGUUUCACCACAGAGGAACACAACCACGCGUGAGUGUGUAUGUAUACCUGCAUGUCCAGUAUGCCUAGAUACUAUCUGAAUGUACAGUACAUGCUUGUGCUUGUUGUUUGUUAACUGUUAGUUGAUUGGUCAAGCAAAGAGUAAAUGAAGAAUAACACGUUUGUUGCCCACGAGUCGUUCUGGAGCCAGUGUUCUACUUUUUACUGUACUUUGAUGUAAUGCUAAUGUGUACUUUAAAGAUAGCUGCAUCUGGCCACAGAGUGAAAUCUGCUGAUUUGCUAAUAUUUACAAUACGCUCUCAUAAAUAGGUCUAGUAAAGCAUUUAUGUGGCAUGUAUUGUGAGGGUAAAGUGGACUUUUUCCUUGUGUCUUCAGUAAGACAAACUGAAAUAAGUUUGAGAAAAUCUCAGUGUCUUGAUGCUUUUUACUAAAGUUAUAAAUGCCUUCUUUGAGUUACAGUAAAUAAUGUGCCAACAAGUACGGUAAUGAAGUCUGCAUGCAGACUUUUGCACAAUAUUUAAUUUUUGAGAGCCAUUCUUAAGAUACUAUGGGAACACCAGUGCCUUUGAGCUGCAAAUCAGUGUUUUAAUACAUUAAAUACUCCUGGUGUGUUAGACUAACAUUAAAUAAACAAAAAAGAGCUGUUUUUGAAUAAACCAUGCUAAUUGGCUCAAAGUUUUUCCAUGCCUAUUUUGGCGCCACAACUCUGUUUAUUGAUUCCAAAAUAAACUUAUUUAUUCAGAACUUCACUGAAAUACGAAUAACCUCAUAGUGUUAUAUUUAUUGUCAGGGCACAUUUGACAGAAACAUACAGUUUGUUUUCAGAAGUCACAUUUAUAUUUUGCUGAAUAUUUGUGCAAGCUGAAGAAAGUAUGAUUGGAAUCUUGGAGUUUUGCGAAGUGAUGAGUCAGACAGCAGCCAAAGGUUUGUGCAGCCUGUCUGACCAAAGUCGUUUACUUUUUGGUGCCUCAAAACAAAAGUGCCACAAUGCUUAUAAAUAUUUUUUUACUGUGAAGUGACAGCAGGCUGACGGAAGGUGGAGCAACACUGUGUAUUUGUAAAAACACAAUAAGCUAUCUGCGAGGUAUUCUUGAAGUGCACUCCCUUGUUCAGAUGAAUAUCUUUCUUUUAGUUCUCAGAAUAAAAACAAAUAAUUUAAUUUUCACUUCUUGCUUGACCUUGCACGUUGUUUUUUAAAAUGGCAUUCUGAAUAUAGACCUUUUCACCCUUAGUGAACCUCAAACUGAUUUUUUUCUCUUAUAAAAAAGAACACUGUAUUGCUUUUUAGCUAUACCUUUUUUAACUAUUAACAUGUUUUCAGCUUUGCAACAACAAGCUAACAGUGAACUCUGCUGAAGGUUUAGAAAGUUUUUGAUAAAUUYUGAAGUAAAUAUGUGAACUGUCCAAACUAAAAACGGAUUUCCAGGAUAGUGAUGUGUGUAGACCCUUUGGAAAUACUUCUCAGUUUUGAUGCCUUUCAUGUUGGAUCUAUGUAUAACUGUGUGUGUGUGUGUGUGUGUGUGUGUGUGUGUGUGU